AUUCAUUCCUGGGGAAUGACAUUGCUUCCUUAUCUGGCUGAAAUCAGUCUGAGAAGGAGGACUGUUGUUUCUAAUGAAGAAAGAGCUCCACCCUCGGCCGCUGCCACAGCUUCUCUGCCAAUAAAUAAGAGCAAAGCCUUUGUCCUCCAAGUACCUCCAAAAUGGAUGCUUUUCAGGGGAUUGUAAAGUUCCUCCUCAACCAGAAGACGGUUAUUGGCUACAGCUUCAUGGCUCUGCUGACCGUGGGAGGUGAGCGUCUCUUUUCACUCGUGGCUUUUAAGUGUCCCUGCAGCACUGAGAACGUGGUCUACGGACUGGUUUUCCUCUUUGCUCCUGCCUGGGUGUUAUUGAUCCUGGGAUUCUUUCUGAACAACAGAUCCUGGAAACUCUUCACAGGCUGCUGUGUGAAUCCCAGGAAAAUCUUCCCCAGAGGCCACAACUGCCGCUUUUUCCAUGUCCUCGGCCAGAUCACUCUGAGUUCACUGGUGGCUCCAGUGAUGUGGCUUUCUGUGGCUUUGCUCAAUGGGACUUUCUAUGAAUGUGCCGUGAGCGGGACCACAAGUUCAAGACUCCUGAGACUGAUCUGCAAGGACAAACCCACAGAGUGCUGGAAAGAACUUCACAAAGUAUCUUGCGGCAAAACCAGCAUGACCCCCACAGACAACGAGGAACUGAAGCUGUCCCUGCAAGCCCAGUCUCAGAUUCUAGGAUGGUUCCUGAUUUGCUCAGCAUCCUUCUUCUCUCUGCUCACCACUUGUGUCACUCGCUGCCGAUCUAAAGUUAGCUACCUUCAGCUGGAUUUUUGGAAGACGUAUAAACAAAAAGAGAAGGAGCAGUUGGAAAAUACAUUCCUGGACUAUGCCAAAAAGCUGAGCGAGAGAAACCUGAAAUGCUUCUUUGAAAACAAGAGGCCAGAUGACUUCCCCUUGCCCACCUUUGCAGCCUGGGAGGCUGCUUCAGAGCUACAUUCUUUCCACCAAAGCCGGCAACACUACAGCACCCUCCACAGGGUGGUGGAGGACGGUCUGGAACAUAGCCCUGAGGACGAUGAGACCACAAUGGUACUUGUGGGUACUGCCCACAACGUGUAGCUCAUCAUCACUGACUCGCAGUGUCCAACAGUACAGUCAUUCUGACAUCUUCCCACAGUCACCAGCUACCUGAGUAUCUCUGCGUUUUCUCACAUUUAGUGUUUCCUUACAAGACAAUUACCCAAAGGGAAGCAGGUUUACAGCUCCCACUGCAGACAGUGUCAAGUGCUCAGACUGAUGCUGAAUGACUGGCCAAGGGUGGUGACAAAAGUGCUUUUGCAUUGGUUGUGGUUUGGGCUCAGUGGCUUCAAGUUCUAAGAUUUCACGAUUGACAGUGAGACUCAUGCAAGAUGUUCUGCUGCUCUGUGUAAAUAUUGGUCAUGGCAUCUGGGGGCAGGUACUCUUAAUAGUGAGUGAGCGAGGUACUCUUAACAGACAGCUGUGCAGUGGAAUCUGCAGUGUAGUCACAGUGGAAAUCCUUCUGUAAAUCUCUCCUGCCUCUCAAGGAUGUACGAAAUUCUAUGGCUUGAAAUUCAUUUCUUUGGAAUCUGAAGACCUCGUUUCUCAAAAAUAACACAUUGAAAGGAUAUGAUACCUAAAAUUCAGUGCUUUUCACAUGUUUCGACUCUGUACUGAAAGUAGACCCCUAUAUUCAGGGCUGUAUUAUGAUUUUUGUGGGCUCUAGGCACUUUUGCCUUCAUGGACCAGUUUCUACAUUAAAAAGUACACGCAUACACAUACACACAAGCACACACAUGUAUAUACAGACAUAUAUUUAUGACUGUAUUGAUAUAAAAUCAUAUACAUUAAUAUUAAUGUUAAAGCUUUUUUUCAACCUUAAAGUUCGUUUAUUUCCUUGUGAUUUUAUAAGAAACUAAAAAUGUUUUUGUGGGCCCCUACAGAAUGCAAAUUUUGCAGUCUAUUAUGUAAUACAUCCAUGUUAGUUUAAAUAUAUAUAUUAAUUCCCUCUAAAUCUCUGAGUGGAAUUGAUAUUUAAAGAAGAGGCACCAUGUUGUAUGCUGUGGCUCACACCUCCCACCACAGAGAGUCCUUGCCUUCUAGUUUGAGAAUCCUGGGAAUGAACUCCUUAUUACCAUGGAACUUUAUCCCAGGUUGGGGGAAGGACCCUGAGGUAAAAGACCUGGAACAUGUCCUGGGGAACUUGGAGGUGCAGAGUCAGGUUGUGUGUGUAGGUGGGAGAGUGGGACAUGGGGGCUGGGAGUUGCAAUAUUUGAAAUAUUACUUGGGUUUUAAACAUGGUGUGUGAUAAAAUGUUUAACAACUGGCUCUUGGAGAAAAAAAAGCCCUGAUUCAAAGUGUUUGCCAAUUUCUGUGAUGCAAUUUCAAGUUACCAAGGUGAUGGCACUGAAGGCAGAGUUAGGAAGAGAUGCUAACCAUGGGCUCUAUGAGCUGAUAUGAACUUUCUAAAAAGGUUUAACAGGUAGCAUUUUUUUGCAUUUAUUUUGCUUCUAACCAAGCCAUCUUUGGUGCAUCUGGGUUUCACUGUAACAAAACCAAACCAAACCAAACCAUGGUAAAUGAAAAUAUGGCUCAAUGGCUCUGAUUGAGAGAUGGGUCUUUUUCCCUUCUCCUUGAUUCUGGCUUUAACAAACCAAUAGAAUGAAGCAGAAGUUAAGCCAGAUUGCAAAACUGUUGCAGUUAAGCCUUGGUUUCUGGCAGUGCUCAGCCUGCUGAAAGCCAGCCAGCAGACAGGAAGUGCAAUUACCCUGAAUGUCCCAAACUCUGAAGAAGACCAAGUUAGCCAAGUGGAGAGACAGAGUGAGGAGAGAGAGAGAGAGAAAGAGAGAGAGAGAGAGAAAGAGAGAGAGAGAGACAGAUGGUACUUGGCCAGCCCCAACUGUUUGAGUCGUUCUAGCCUAGGUGCCAGGCAUGCGAGUGAAGAAGCCAUUUUGGACAUUCCAGCCUCAGGAGACAUGACGUGGACCAGAACCAGGGAACCCAACCAACAGCCAGAAAAAAGACCCCAGAUCUAUGGUUUGAGGGAAGUCAUUCCAGACAUCCAGACUUUUGAGCUACCCCAUCUGAGGCUGCCGAUGUUAUUAAGGGGUCCUGGGUAUGUCCUGUCCAAAUCCCUUAUUCAGAAAAUCAUGAGCUUAAAUAAAUGUUUGUUGUUUUAAGCCAUCAAAUUUUGGAGCAAUAUGAAAUAAGAUAGCCUGAACACUAACACAUGAGGAUCAGAAUUUAUUAAAGAGAGAAAUCAGAGGCAAAUUGCGUUGAUAUAUAGACUUAUACCAAAAUUCGCCCUAUGCGUAGGUUUUUUCCUUACUAGUUUUUCCCUUUUGAUUCCAGUAAGCAGUAUCUCCUCCAUGAAAUGAUCUGAUAGAUGAUGAAUAGGUACCUCUCCGAACUGUCUCCACCAAAGCCUGAAGUACAAUUUAAAUUAUUUUGGGUUAAAUUUGGUUUGAGAGGAACACACUGCUGUGGGUUAAAUUCAAUUGAAAAUAAACAUAUUAUUUGUCAUUAAUGUCUAGGAAAAAAUGGGAGUGGAAGGUACAAGCCAGGCUGGCCUUGAGCAAGCCAAAACAGAUGGGUCUUCCAGUCUUGCUCCUCAGUGUUGUCUUCAGACCACCAGCAUCAGCAUCGUGAGGGAGCUAGUUAGUAAUGCAGAAUCAGACCCUACCUAGAACUGCUGAAUCGAGCCUGCAGUUUAACUUGACCUUAGGUGAUUCCUGUGCAACUUAGAUUUUAGAAGUGCUGGAGCAGAGGUUCUCAAACUUUAAGCCUUGUCAAAAUCAUUCGGAUGGCUUGUUAAAAUGUAGAUUGCUGAGUCUGACUGUCUGAUUUGGUAGGUCUGGGGUGAUGUGAGGGAAUUUGUGUUUUUAACAAGUUCUCAGGUGCUGCUGCUGCUGCUGGGCUAGGGAUCACAUCUUGAGAACAACUGCUGUAAGACACAGAGCAGGCCAUGCUGGGGAAUGUAGGCUAGAAGAAAAGCAGAAUCUUGGGCCCCGCCCCAGAUCUACUGAACUAGACAUUAUGCUGGCAUCAAUCUGUCUGAGAACAUGGGGUGACUUUCCAUUUAUUUUCCAUUUACUCAACACUACCUUUCAUCCUUUAAGGAUAUUUUAACGUUUUCCUCACAUAAGUUUUGCAAGUGUGCAUUUGUAGGUAUUCUUUGCUGCUGGUACAAAUGGUGUCUUUUUUUUGUGAUAUCUUCCAAGUGAUGGUUACUUGAGUACAUGAAAAAACUAUUACUUUCUGUGCAUCAAUUUUAUAUGCCUCUACCUUACUGAUUCUUGAUUAUUUUAUUAUUUGUGGAACUUUUCAGAAUUAUAAAAUAACAAUUUUGCAACCCCUAAGGACAUAAUGGAUCUAGACAAUAAAUAAUCUCUCAA